AUGAUCCUCGCCGCAAGAUCUUUCACCGCCAAAAGUGGCUCAAAAGCAGCACAGGCCAUUCGAUGCAAAUCUACCGUCGCACCGACCUCGUUUUCUAUGAUCGACGCAAAGUCGAGAGUGAGGGAGCAUGCUCGCAACAGCAGCCAAUCCACCGUCGCAAAGGCAGAGCCAGCCCCUGCCGUCCGACCGACGCCUACGCCAGGCUUCCAGCAGGACCUGAGCAACACAAGACCGCCCCCACCGCAUGUUGAAGGUCCAGGACCAGCACCCAAUGCCGCUCUCGACCACUCUUUCAUUGGCCUUUCAGGUGGCCAAAUCUUCCAUGAGAUGAUGCUGCGUCAUGGGGUCAAGCACAUCUUCGGAUACCCAGGCGGCGCCAUUCUCCCAGUGUUCGACGCCAUUUACCAGUCACCCCACUUCGACUUCAUCCUACCUCGCCACGAGCAGGGAGCCGGACACAUGGCGGAGGGAUACGCUCGUGUGUCUGGCCUCCCCGGAGUCGUCCUUGUGACUUCUGGUCCUGGAGCGACCAACGUCAUUACACCCAUGCAGGAUGCCCUAUCCGACGGUAUCCCCCUCGUCGUCUUUUCCGGCCAGGUAGCCACCUCCGCGAUUGGCUCCGACGCCUUCCAAGAGGCGGACGUCGUCAGCAUGUCGAGAAGCUGCACCAAGUGGAAUGUGAUGGUGAAGACCAUCGAGGAGCUUCCCCAGCGGAUAAAGGAAGCGUUCGAGAUCGCCACCUCAGACCGACCUGGACCUGUCCUCGUCGACCUGCCCAAGGACGUCACAACCGGUAUUCUGCGUUCGCCCCUGUCCUACAAGGCAACGACACCCGACAUCCACCUCGGACUACCCAUGAACCCGUUACAGAUGGCCGAAGUACCCACCGACGCCGAGCUCAUCAACCAGGCGGCGGACAUGAUCAACCAGGCGGAGAAGCCCGUCAUCUAUGCGGGCAAUGGCGUCCUCUCGUCACCCAUGGGACCCAAUCUUUUGGCCCAACUGGCGGAGAAGGGUAACAUCCCCGUAUGCACGACCCUCCAGGGCUUGGGAGCAUUCGAUGAGACGAGCGAGAAGAGCCUGCACAUGCUGGGCAUGCACGGGAGCGCGUAUGCCAACCUCGCGAUGCAGCAGGCGGACGUGAUCAUCGCGCUCGGUGCACGGUUUGACGACCGCGUCACGGGUAAAGUCGAUGCCUUCGCCCCCGCGGCCAAGCUCGCAGCUGCUCAGGGCCAUGGUGGGAUCAUCCACUUUGAGAUCCUUCCCAAGAACAUCAAUAAGGUCGUUGAGGCGCAGAUCCCUAUCGUGGGCGAUGUGAUUGCAAACCUCGCGGCGCUGGUGCCGGAGAUCAGGGCGAAACCGAGAGAGGGGUGGUUUGGGGAUAUCAAGCAGUGGAAGGAGAGGUACCCGUUCACAUUCGCGAAGAGCGCACCGGGGGCGAGGAUGAAGCCGCAGGAGGUCAUCGAGGCUCUGGAUAAGGAGACGAGGGAGAGGAAGGACGAUGUCAUCGUCGCGACGGGUGUUGGCCAGCACCAGAUGUGGGCCGCACAACACUUUAGGUGGAAGCACCCACGCUCGAUGGUCACGUCAGGUGGUCAAGGGACGAUGGGCUUCGGCCUUCCCGCCGCCAUCGGCGCAAAAGUCGCCGCGCCCCAAAAAACCGUUGUCGACAUCGACGGAGACGCCUCCUUCAGCAUGACCGCGGGGGCUGCGGUAGCUCAGGUGGCACUAUUGCGGACUUACCCCCAGGCUUGCGUUGAGCUCUCGAGUUCGAUUCUUGCUGGUUGCAUGGAUAAACACACUUUAGACACCAUGUGA